AUGCCUCGGCAAAAAGUAUUGCGUACACUAAAAGAGGAAGAAGAAUUUCAAGAGGUUCGUAGGCAAAGAAAUAGAGAAAAUCAACGAUCUCGGCGAGAAAGGAUUCGAGUUGUACAAACAGCAAAUACCAUUCAAAAUGUAGUAAAUGUUGAGAAUAAGAAUAACGAGCAUCUCUCUCUUAUUUCUCACGCUACUUAUGACAACAUUGUGUUACUCGAAAACGAAAUAACUAUUCGUAAAAAUGCACCGCGAACAUUGUUGGAACGACAAAAUGAUUACCGAGCGCGGGCAAAAAGGCAAUUAACGAUCAAUGCAUUAAAUACAUUACGUAUUGAAGAUAUAGAAGAACAUUAUAUUGGCGCGAUGGAUAUUUCUUGCAGUAAUUGUAGUGCAAAGCAUUUUGCUGCCGAACGAGUAUCAAAUAAAGGUAAUUCUUUUAAUGAUUGCUGUGGUCAUGGUGAAGUAUCGCUUGAUGCAUUAUCUGAUCCUCCUUAUAAGCUGCGUGCAUUACUUGACGGCAGUCAUGCUAAGUCUAAUUAUUUUUAUGACAAUAUUCGAAGCUAUAAUAGUUCCUUUUCUUUUGCAUCAUUUAACGCUAAUUUGAUAACCCUUAGAGGUCGGCGAUUUGGUCCAUACUGUUUUAAAAUUCAAGGGCAGAUUUAUUACCAAAUUAAUACAUCACUGUAUCCAGCUGAGAAUGAGAAUCCAAGUUACGGUCAGCUUUUCAUAGUGGAUUCAAAUGAAGCAUCUACAUAUCGAUCAAACAAAAAUCCAACGCUUAACUAUGAACUUUUGCAAACACUCGAUUACAUUUUUCGUGAAAAUAAUGUGUUUUCUGAAGCAUAUCAAAUGAUGGGCGAGGAAGUAGAAAAUCAGCGUAAAUUAGCAGUAGAUAGUCAUGAAAAGUUACCGGACUUACAAUUGUUAUUUACAUUAAAACCUGGGACGGAUAGUCGCAGAUACAAUUUUCAACGAACCAAUGAAGUUGCAGCUGUCUUUAAAACGACAGCGGAUGUCAGCACCAUGGAUCCGAACGUCGAACCUUGGGUAUAUCCAAUAUUUUAUCCAUAUGGUACUCAAGGUUGGCAUCGUAAUUUAAUGCGUAUCCAUACUAGAAAUCCUAGACGUGUCAGUAGAUCUGCAUAUGUUAAGUACAGAAUGGCAAUACGAGUUGAAUUUAAUCCUUUUAUACGAGGAAGGCGAUUGUUUCAACAGUGGGUCGUUGACAAUUAUGUUAAAAUUGAAAAAGAUCGAAUUGACUACUGUAAAGAAAAUCAAAAGCAAUUAAGAGCCGAAUCAUAUCAGGGAUUAGUAGAUUAUUUACAAAAUGCUGCAAGUGAUAGAAACGGCCAUGUUGGAAAAAUGAUUAUACUUCCGUCGUCAUUUGUUGGUUCACCUCGCAACAUGAUGCAAAAUUAUCAGGAUGCCAUGGCUAUUGUUCGCAAGUAUGGGAAACCAGAUUUCUUUAUAACAAUGACUUGCAAUCCUAACUGGCGAGAAAUCAAAGAAAAUCUACUUCCUGGUCAGCAAACAGCAGAUAGACCUGAUCUUUGUGCUCGUGUAUUUGAUAUAAAAAAAAAAUAUCUUGUGGAUAUAAUUACAGGACAAAAUUACUUUGGGAAAGUAUCAGCGUACAUAAACGUUAUCGAAUUUCAAAAGCGCGGCUUACCGCACCUUCAUAUGUUAAUACAUUUGAAACAUAAUUAUAAAAUAACAACCCCUGAGAUUGUUGAUAGAUACAUAUCAGCAGAAAUUCCUGAUCCUUGUGAGAAUCCUGUUUUGCACGAUAUUAUUAUAAAAAACAUGAUUCAUGGUCCAUGUGGUGAUUGGUGCAUUGUCAAUGAAAAAUGUUCAAAACACUACCCCAAACCAUUGCAAAAUGAAACAACAAUGAAUGAAGACGGAUACCCACACUAUCGCAGAAGAGAUACUGGUGUGACUUUUGAACGCCCUGGUGGGUACAUAGUUGACAACAGUUUUGUUGUACCUUACUCUCCAAAAUUGUCACUUAUUUUUAAUUGUCACAUCAAUGUUGAAGUUGUCUCGAGUAUUAAAUCCGUCAAAUACUUAUAUAAGUAUGUAUACAAAGGUCAUGAUGCAGCCACUGUCGUUAUUAGUGGAACUGCAGCAGAAGAUAAUUGCAUAAAUCACGAUGAAAUACGUGAUUACAUCGAUACUCGAUAUGUCGGACCGGUCGAAGCAUGUUGGCGUAUUCUUAAUAAGAAUUUACAAGAAAAAAGUCACACUGUAAUACGAUUGCCCGUGCACUUACCUAACAAACAAAAUUUUACAAUCAACAUUGACAACGACGAAAAUGAAAUUGCUGCUAUUAUAGAUCAAACAACAAUGUUACAAGAGUAUUUCAUAUUGAAUGGCCGUGAUGAAGAAGCCAGGCAAUAUACAUAUACUGAAAUUCCUUCUUAUUUUGCCUUUAAAAAACAAAAGAUUAAUGGCCGAAAUAUUUCUCGCUGGGAAAAACGAAAAGCUCAUUUUAAAUGCAUUGGUCGUAUGUACUCAAUUAGUCCUACCCAGAUAGAACUAUUCCAUCUACGAUUGUUACUAUUGACAGUGAAAGGUGCUACAAGUUUUCAAGAUUUAAGAACAGUUAAUAAUGUUGUUCACGAAACAUAUACAGCUGCUUGCUUGACUUUAGGUCUUAUAGAAGAUGACGAACAGUGGAAACGAGCGAUGCAUGAAGCAGAAAUUUGGAUGAUGCCCCGACAACUUCGAAGGUUGUUUAUUCGUAUUUUAAUUCAUUGCCAACCAAUUUAUCCUGAACAACUUUGGGAAGAAUUUAAAGUCUCAAUGUCAGAAGAUUAUUUACGAAACUGUAGUAAUACAUUACAAGCUCAAAGAAAAUCUUAUAUUAAUAUAAAUACAUUGUUAACCGCCGAAGGUAUGAGUUUGUCCAAUUUUCCAAGCAUGGAACAAUUAAAUGAAAUUGAUGAGUCUUUGAAUGAUGUAUCAUUUGAAGAGACGUUGGAGAUCGGUAUGCAAAAAUGCCGACAAUUAAACGAUAAUCAAAAAAAUAUAGUAGAUAUCAUUCUAAAUGCAGUAAACAAUAGUAAGGAAAAUGAAACAAUAAAUAAUUGUUUUUAUGUUGAUGGCCCAGGUGGUACAGGUAAAACUUUUGUAUAUAUCACACUGUGGUAUCUGUUAAAAGGCAGAAAGAAACGCGUUAGCACAAUGGUUUUUACUGGCAUUGCGGCAACAUUGCUUCCACAAGGAAAAACCGUUCAUAAAACUUUUGGAUUACCCGUUCCACUUUUCUGUGACUCAUCAUCAAAUAUUAAAGCGCAAUCAAACGAAGCACAAAUUCUUAAAGAAACAGACGUAUUUAUUUGGGAUGAAGCUCCAAUGGCUCCAAGAUACGCACUUGAGAUUAUGGAUCGAACAUUACGCGACAUCAUGCUUACUGAUAGACUAUUUGGUGGAAAAAUUGUAUUAUCUUUAACAAAGAACAUGAGAACUCUACCUCAUGAAAUAGAAUUUGCCAAAUUUCUGCUAGAUCUUGGAGAUGGUAAGUUAAAUGAUUUUGAUGACAAUAUACAAAUUCCGUUACAGUGUACCACGGCCGCUGAUUCUGAUAUUGUCAUUGAUACGUUUGGCGAACUUAUACAAAAGAAACAAUAUAAAAAAGCCGCUCACUGCGUUAUUUUGUCAGCAAGAAACAUUGACGUGGAUGCUAUUAAUAAAAGAGUUGUUGAAUUACUUGAUAAUUCAACUGAAAGGACCUACACGAGUAUAGACAGCACCGAAAAUUGUGGUGAUAACAGUGAUAUUACUGAAGCGCUUUUACCAGAAUAUUUAAAUUCUUUGUCACCGUCAUCUCUUCCACCUUAUGAAUUGCGCUUACGAAAAUACAGUGUUAUAAUGCUCAUACGAAAUCUUAAUAUAAACGAGGGUUUGUGUAACGGUACUAGAUUAAUGAUUUUUCAUCUUGGAAAUAACAUGCUCAAAUGUGAAAUUUUAAUAGGUGAUAAAGCUGGAGAAAUAGUAUUUAUAAAUCGUAUUACAUUGUACUGCGAAAAUGAAUAUCCAUUUACAUUUAAACGAAGACAAUUUCCAAUAAAACUUGCUUUUGCUAUGACAAUAAAUAAGUCGCAGGGUUAG